GCCCGCAAACCAUAUUCAUUUUCAUGGCGACAAACCACACGAAUAUUUCCUCGUACGCAGUUGCAUUUCCCUGUUUUUGAGUUUUUCCACACUCUCUCUGCCUACAUCACAACCUUCCCAUGGGUUCCUCCGAUCAAGUCGCUGCCUCCGGAGCACCUCAGUCCUACCAAAAUGUCAUCGUAAUGCGCCAUGGAGAUAGGCUGGACAACUCGUCGCCUCUUUGGGCGGCGUCGGCUCUGCGCCCCUGGGAUCCUCCGCUGGACGACAACGGCAAGGUGCGAGCCUUCCGCACCGGAGAGAAGCUCAGAGAUCAGCUCGGUGUACCGAUCCAUCGAGUUUUUGUUUCGCCUUUUCUUCGAUGCCUGGAGACCGCUGCGCAGGCGAUAUCCGCCUUGUGCUCCGUUGGUAAGGACUCCGGUGGUUCGAGCGACCUGUCUGUAAACGGAAUGGUGCUGGAUCCUUCGAGAAUCAAGGUUUCAGUCGAGUUUGGAUUGUCUGAGAUGCUGAACACCCUAGCUAUUCGAGCUUCUGUGGCUCCUAAAGAUGGAAGAUUUAGUUUCAAUAUCUCUCAAUGUGAAGCUGUCUUGCCAGCUGGAACUGUUGAUAAUUCUGUUGAAUUGGUUUAUAAGGAGGUACCAAAAUGGCAAGAGACUCUGGAAGGUGCUCGAGCUAGAUAUGUUGAGGUGAUCAAGAAACUCGCCGAAAAAUAUCCCUCGGAGAACUUGCUGCUCGUGACGCACGGGGAAGGAGUUGGAUCAGCUGUUUCUAGAUUCAUACCCGGAGUUAUGGUAUGUGAUGUUGAGUAUUGUGCCUAUUCGGUUUUCCGCAGACCAAUAGUGUUGGGUGCAAAUCAGUCGUACACUGCUGGAGGAGACUUCGUCAGCUCCCUCAAAGACCUCUUUGGGGUUACAAUAGUUGAAGAACCUAACAAUCCUUAGAACCUUACACGAAUUUUAAUUUGUUGUGUCAUUCUUUUUUCUGAGCCAGAAAUAAACACAAUGCAGAUUGUUUUUGAAAUUUCAUUUCCCUUCGUAUGACUGAACAUAAAUUUUGAGAUUAUAAUGUUUGGUAUGGCAGACAAGUUCUAGGAGUUCUGGAUCUUAUGUUUAUAAAGAAUUUUGUUAGCUACCAGGUUGCAGGGGCUGUCAGUGUCGACUAAAUCAAGACCAUUCUCUUCCAAUAUCGGAUGUUCGUAAGGGCUCUGUAGCAAGAAAUUAUAAAUUCUGUUAAAGAAAGCUCUUGGUGUAAAUUGCAUGGGCUAGGGAAUCUUUUACAAUAUAUCGAAUUGGUAUGGUAGGUGAACUUGUGACUGCUAAGUAAGGAAUUCACAUCUUGUAGUUCUUUUCUUCUUUUUUCUUUUUUAUAAUAUAGGUAAAGACUUUUCUGGAGGUUAUCCAUUCUAGUAUUAUUUUUGUCCAAAUGUGCGUAAUUUUGGAGUUUUGAUGGGAUCAAGUGCGUUAACUGCUUAGCUGGUCUUGUCUAGUGUGACUUAGCUAUUACGUUCAGUCGGUUUGUCUAGUGUGAUUUAGCUAUUAUGCUCAGCGAGAGGUUUAAUAGGUGCGAGUCCUAACUUUCUUCUCUUCUGAGCUUAAAUUUUGUUUGAGGCGAAGAAAAAAAAAGAACAAGAAAAACUGGUGGUUGGGUCAGAUCCUGCCGAGCGCCACUGGACACAGUCGUUCAAUCGAUCACGGUUUUCUCCUCUGAUGAAAAC